AUGUGUGUGCAAUCUGACUGGGUGUUUACCUGCGGCCACCGGGCUUUUGCCAAGUUCGACAACUGUCCCAAGUUUGGUCGUGGUUGUUUUGGUCAAAACGGAACACAUCAAGAUGUCAAACUUCGACCACUUGAUCCCAACCCGCAGGCCGUGUCGAACGACCCGUACAGGAAGAAGAGAAAGAUCAGGUGAACAUGCCGCUGUUGGCAUGUUUGUAGCGAGUCAUUGUUACCUGGCGUUGGGGUAUAUGAGGGUACAUAGUGGGAUGCAUACAUAUCGUAAAUAAGUGAGCACAUGGUGUUAUGAUGAUGAUCAUGAUAUAAGGGGUGGUUCAAUUUGUCUUUGGAGACAGGCGAGAAUUAUAAUGAGAAGCUCUUGCCAACUAGGUACUGUCCACCUUGUCGACUUAUCCGCCGUGACUUUGGCUGUGUCCAUCAUCUGCUAGCUCUUCCCAAGAGAGACCAUACCUGGCAUUCCUCGGCGUUACACUCCCCUUUUUUUUUGGUGCGCUCUGCUGACUUUUUUGCUCACAGGGUGACUUGUGGCUUGCAUUCGAGGUUCCCAACCACCAACACUACUUGCCUCGAGUUGCUUUCAGUGACGGUCGUUUGUUGUUGGACGAGAUCAUACAAACCAUCCCCCUGUUUCUUCAACUAAAUCAACUAAGCC